AUGGAGGGGAAUCCAAAUCCAAGUAGUCUCUUUUGUUUUUCUUUACGUAAUGCUGCUGGAGAAGGAAAGUUGACCAUUAUGGAAGUCUCGCAAACUCCUACUGGCAACAAGCCAUACUUAAAGAAAACUGUUGAUUUCGUUUAUCCUGCUUGUGCUGCUUCAGACUUUCCUCUUUCAAUGCAGGCGUCUUCAACUUAUGGAAUAUCGUAUAUUAUUGACAGAUCUAGAAAUGUUUUUGUGUUUGAGAUUGAAACGGGCUGUUUGGUAUACACGGUUAACAUUUCGCCAACUAUAAUUUUUAUUACAACUGAACAUAAUAAUGGGUUUCUUGGAAUUAAUAGAGAUGGGCAGGUCCUCUCUUUUUGUGUGGAUGAAGAAACAAUCAUUCCUUACGUCACCGAAAAAUUACAAAACCAUGAUUUGGCUCUCAAAUUAGCAUCUCGUUUAAACCUUCCAUUGGAGUCUUUGGAGGAAUUGGUUCCUGAAAAGGCUUCGAUGAUGUCGAGUAUCAAGGGUUUUGAUACUUCUAAUCCACCACAAAACACAGAAACUAUUUUUGGUCGUUCUGAUUUAAUAAAUGCAACCCAAGCUGAGAACAAGCAGAAAAUACAAGAGGAGAAAUGUGCAAAGAAAAUAGUUAACGAGCAAUUAGAUAAUAAACAAAAUGGUGGGGAAGAUGAUUUGAAGACUUCUUUGAAGUCAUUGGGUGACGUUCUUCCUGUGCAGACCCCGAUGAGUUCCAGCAGCAGUAGAGAGGUUCAAAAUGAUAAGAAGGUAGUCAACCAAGCUUCUAGUGACAACGUUUUGGAUGAAGAAUUUUUACGCAAAUUUGAUUUUUUGAUCGAAAAUGAAAAUUACCAUGAAGCUUCAAAAAUGGCUGCAGCAGCUCCUCAAAAUACUCUUACAACACUUUUAUUCCGCAAAUUUGAUUUAUUAGUCAAAAAUGGGAAUUAUGCUGAAGCUGCAAAAAUGGCUUUAACAGCGCCACAAAAUAUUUUUAGAACACCUGAAACUUUACAAAAAUUCCAAAAAACUUAUCCUCUUCUUAAAUAUUUACAAAUUUUAUUAGAACAAGACUCUUUAAAUAAAUGGGAGUCGUUGGAAAUAUGUCGAAUUGUUUUGGGCCAAAAACAGCUUGUUGAAGAAUGGUUGGCUGAGGGAAAGUUGAAAUGUUGUAAGGAAUUGGGGGAUUUAGUUAAGCAAUAUGAUGUUGAACUAGCAUCUAAAAUUUAUUUUCAAGGGGAAGUGUGA